GAGGGGUGAUAAUUGGUGCAGGGAUAGAAUAAUAACCACAGCUGGGAGUUAAAAUCAGUGGUGUGAUAAGUAUCAAUAAAUAACUGUACUCUUGACACAGACCUUUAUCUGAGUGGAGAUUUUCUCACUCUAUCACACACACAUUCUGAAACUUAAGUGCUUCCUACACAUCAUUAUCUGUCUUUUCUUCAAGUGAGACUAUCUUCUUUGCCUCAUGAGACACUGUUGGAUUAAGGGAAGUCUCUGAUAAGGCACCCCGUGGUGCGCGCCCAUUAAGGUGAAACACGGUGAUGUGAGCUGUCGCACACCUAGAGGAGAGCACUACAGGAACGUGAUGGGGACACGCUGUAAGAUCCGCUGUAAGCAGGGAUAUGAGGCCCAGAGCUCGGAGGUGGUGUGUAUGGCCAGCAAACACUGGUCCUCAAACUAUGCCUGCCGAGAGAUCCGCUGUCCCAAGCUGAACAUGCCUGCAAACGGUGGCUACAAGUGCUCGGACGGCUCCUACUUCAAUUCUCGCUGUGAAUUCUUCUGCUCCCCCGGAUUCAGUCUGAAGGGCCAGAAGACGGCAACCUGCCAGCACAGCAAGGUGUGGAGUGCUGGUGUUCCCACCUGUGUUGAUAUUGAUCCCCCCAAAAUAAAGUGUCCUAAUCUGAAGGAUAAGUGGGCAGAACCAGGAAAACUGACAGCAAGGGUGACUUGGGACACACCAGAGGGUGUCGACACUGCAGAUGGCAUCCUCACAGAUGUUAUCCUAAAAGGGAAACCUUCAAAAUCAGACUUCCCCGAGGGGCUCCAUAAGAUGUCCUACACUGUAUUUGACCGUGCUGGGAACAAAGGAUCCUGCCGCUUCACUGUCAGAGUGCGAGUGCGCCGCUGCAGCCCACUGUUUCCCCCAGACAACGGUUAUAUGAAGUGUGACAGUGACAGAGACAAUUAUGGUGCCACCUGUGAGUUCAAGUGCACUGGUGGCUAUGAGCUGCAGGGCAGCGCUGCCAGAGUGUGUCAGUACGGACUCACCUGGUCUGGCACAGACACAACCUGUGCAGCCAUGAACAUCAACGUGGGAGUGCGGACGGCUGCUGCACUGCUGGACCAGUUCUAUGAGAAGCGACGGCUUCUCAUUAUCUCGGCCCCAACGGCUGCCAAUCAUAAUUACCGCUUCCAGAUGACUAACCUGCAGCACGCUCAGUGUGGACUGGACCUGAGGCAUGUGACAGUGAUUGAGCUGGUCGGGACUUACCCGGCACAGAUUGGACGAAUUCGACACAGGCUCCUCCCUCCUGGACUGGCCCUGCAGCUCAGGUUACUGCUCCAGAUCCCACAAAGGUCUUUCCAGAUGGUGCUGGUAGACAAGCAGGGCAUGGACAAGCAACGCUACCCAUUCCCCAUCACAGCGGCCGAACUAUUCACCACCAUCGACACUUUCCCCCUCCGCAAGGACGAGAUGUUGCUGCAGCAGGAGGCGGGUCAGACCUGUCAAUCAUAAAAAAAAAGAAAAAAGAAAAAAAACCUUGGGCCUUUCAGUGCACUUCUACAGACUAUCAGCCAUCUUUGAUCCUUUUCACAGCAGACAGGACCUGCUCCGAUCUUCUGUUUCUAUCCACAUGUCACACACUCCUACCUGAACUCAUUCAGACCUGUACCCUGAAGGUGUGAGUGUGUCUGUGUGCGUCUGUGUUAGUGUACAUGCGUGUGUGUGUGUGUGUGUGUGUGUGUGAGUGUGUGCCAUUAAAAGGUUGAAUGCCAGUCAUGGUGCUGAUUUGAAGGGCAGAUUUACUGAAAGAUGUUACUAAAUGGAAUGGGUCAUACAGUACAUUACAAUCAUAUUGAUUCCUGAGUCUUGUCUUUCUGUAUGUUUUAUUAUUAUUAUUAAUAUUUUCAAAUCAGAAAUCUGUUUUACUAUUUUGUACAAAAAGUCUUUUUACUGUAUGAACUGGAAAACUUUUCACCUGUCUAUAUAUUUAUGUUUCACUUCUCUUUUAAUAAUGUACUCUGACACUCGCUGAAAAAAUGUGUGUGUGUUAGGUACAUCUGCGUCAGACUUCACAAGACACUGAUUAAAUAUGUUUAUCACA